AUGGGUAAGGUGGAACGCAGUGCCGCCGUACCCUUGAUAUGUUUACUAACUACCAUUGGUUACUUCAAUGACUCAAGACAUAAUGAAAUAAAGAGAUACAUACCAAAAGAAUGUGAAACUGUUCGAACUAUUGACUUACUUCUUGUUGAAGACCACUACAUGCUAAACGAAAGAUUACCAAUGACAACAUAUUUCAUUCGCAACUAUAUAGAAAUCUUGAAGGAGUGUGGUGGAAAGAACAUUGAGAAACAAAUGAAGAUUUAUACAAAGAGAGAAGAUAAAUAUGUAGUUCGUUAUGAUAGAACAACACCGUUAUGGGAUGUUAUGAAAACAUUGUGGGAGUGCAAAUAUUUCGAACCUAUUUCUUAUGGAGAACUUUUCACAUAUACGACUGACUUAUAUAAACAGAACCUUGCACCAUUUAAAGAUUUGACAUAUGCUCCAAAGUAUUGUGUACAACUGAAGAAGAAAGCCGAGUCAAAAGAAGUAAAUAAAAAUAAGUGCAAGUUCAUUCCUGAGCACGUUUUCUUUGCUGACUUUGAGUGCAGUACCGAUGGCUUUCAUAAAGCUUUUAACAUAUGUUACGACAGUGAAGAUGGUUCAGUGAGUGAAAGCAUUUGGGGUCAGAACUGUGCAACAGAAUUUUUGGAGCGACUUCCUGACAAGAGUUUAAUAUAUUUCCAUAACCUCAGUUAUGAUAUAAACUUCAUCUUAAGACACAUGACAGAAGUGAAAG